GCUAUAUCACUAGAACCGAACCUUAAGGUACACGACGAACGCGACGACGGCGCCGAGGCAUAUGAGCGGCGCGUACUGCUGCCACGCGACCAUCAAACUAAACUUCUUCGCGCCCCACUUGUACUUGCCCGCCUCGGACCGGAGCGUCUGCGACGUCUCCACGAGCGCGUCGAGGCGCUCGCCCCGGUUGAGCACCUCGUCGAUGUUCCGCCGCAUGAUGCUGUGGAUGUCCGCGAGGUCCGCGUCGAGCUGAGACGCCGCGCCCACCCGUCGCGGGUCGGCGUACUGCCGCCGCUUCGCCUGGAGCCGCCGGUCGAACUGGAUGUACGCGUAGGGCCGGCCGACCGUCGCGACCGCCUGCCGCCAGUCGCCGCCGUUGCAUGUAUUUGUAACUUCCUGGACGAACUCCUGCGCGACCUCGCCCAAAUAGCGGAAGAUCGCCCGCUUCGGGUAGCUCUUGGGCGUCAUCGCGAGGUAGACGACCGCGUCGGAGAUGACGUAGUGGAACGCAAAGGGCCCGCUGUCGAUGGAGCACUUCGACGGCGAGCGCUCCGUGAGGCCCGCGAGGAUCUGUUUGGCCUGGCUCUUGUAGACGUCCAUCGUCUCCUGGCUGUCGCUGGAGCGCAUCGGGUCCGUCGACGCGACCAGCAACAUGCCGUCGGCGACGCGCGCGAUGAAGCAGAGGUUGACGCCCAUCGUGUUGUGUUUUUUUUGUUUUCGACCGGUGCUCUUGCAGAUCAGCGGCGCCGAUACGUGACGGCGCGCGUCGACGGCGUAUAGAUCCAGCCGCAAGAGGAGGCUGGUAGUCGCGCUUUCGCAAAUCCGCAGCAGGGAAAAGGCUGUCGCAGCAACGCUCGUAGCACCUGGCUGCUGCAAAUCACACGUUCGGUGCUCAAAAACACGCGGCACUGGAAUUUUUGGAGGCGCG